AUGGGCCCUUUUCUUCGAGAGUCAAGAGUGGCAGUCUUGGAUACUUGGUUUACUCACAUGAUCAGCAUUGACUACGUCCACUACAAGAAGAGUAAGAAGAAAUCAACAUUUCAAUGGAACAGCCUCAUCAAGAACUACGUCCGUGGAUCUGUCUACAGCCGUCAGUGCAAUCUCACUUGGUUCAGCGAUGUAGACACAGUUUACAUACCAAUGAACUGGGGUAAGCGCCAUUGGGUUGCAUUGGCGAUUAAAUUAAAAGAAGGCGUUAUCGAGAUACUUGAUCCUCUUAUUGCAAACCACGACGAGUCUAAGUUGCCACAUCUCAUGAAACCGCUAGUUGAGAUGUUACCUAUCAUAAUCAAUGACCUAGUCAACCCUAAAGUAACCAACUGUCCUCUACCUGAAUCGUUCAAGUUUGAUAGAUUGGUGGACGUCUACCAAAACGACAGAAACAGAGAUUGUGGUCCUCUGAAUGUGAAAUACAUCAAACUCCCCGCCCAAGGAUUGGGCCUUGAUACCCUCACGGAGAAGAUGGUGGACGAUAUUAAAAUGGCUUACGCGGUUGAUGUCUACCAAGAAUUCGUUGUUCAGUUAUAA